UCGCCAUCAUGAGGUUCUACAACUUUGCACCCAACUUCAUCUUUCGCUUUGUAGUUUCUCUCAUUCUCUUGUCCUACUUCCGUUCCCAAAUCACCGUUUGCUCCGCAGAUGAAGAAGGUUAUAAUGGAACAAUAAGAUAUUCUUACAAUGAAUCAACUUUAAGAGGACCAUCGAGAUGGGGUCAACUUGACCCAAAUUGGUUUCUUUGUGGUAACGGAACAAGACAAUCUCCUAUUAAUAUCAAUGCCUCUACGGUACAACUUAGGCCUCAACUUGGGGGUUUACAAACGAAUUACAGUCCUGCUCCUGCUACUUUGUUCAACAGGGGAAAUGAAAUUGAGGUGAAUUGGAAUGGAUCAGAUGCAGGUAACCUUACUGUUAAUGGGACUGUAUAUAAACUGUUAGAGUGCCAUUGGCAUACUCCCUCUGAGCACAGACUCAAUGGACGCAGGUUUGAUAUGGAGAUUCAUCUAGUUCAUAAAAAUGAUAGAGGAGAGAUAGCUGUUGUUGGGAUUCUUUACAAAUACAUGAGAUGGAGCAAACCCGAUCCUUUCCUUUCAAGCAUCUAUCAGCAAAUACUAUCCCUUCGAAAUGGUACGAAACAGAUACCUUUGGGAAUUGUUAAUCCAAGAGAUAUUGAGUCCCCAGGAAGAAGGUGGAGAUCAUACUACAGAUAUAAUGGUUCUCUUACAACUCCUCCAUGUGCCGAGAAUGUACUUUGGACAGUUCUCAAAAGGGUGCAGACAGUUUCACCGAAACAAGUUCAAGCGUUACAGGAGGCAGUUGAUGAUGGAUUUGAGGAAAAUGCAAGGCCAACUCAGCCAUUGAAUGGAAGAAAAGUAUCUCUGUACUCUCGAUGGUUUUUCUAAGCAGCGCCUUCUGCUAAUUAGCUUUAGCUUAUAUACAUAUAUAUAUAUAUAUAUAUAUAUAUACACACACACAUAUAUAUAACUGAACAAUAUACAUGAUAUGUAGCGCCGUACGUGCUGCCCUUAAAUAAACAUGUAUUUGUUAUAU